AUGGAGUCGCGGACGAAUAUCCCCAGGUAUGCAAUGCCGGACGAGGUGCAGCACACGUACUCCAAGUUCUCGGACUGGAAGUUCAAGUUGUUCCGGGUCAGGUCCAUGGAGAAGGCGCCCCUGCCCAGCGAGCCCCCUCCAAACGCGGCGGUUCCCCCAAAGUCCCAGGGGGAUGAGGAUCUGGGGCAUCCAGGCAGCCUGAUGAAGCUCUGCCUCGGGGGCAAGAGCAAGGAGAACGUGGAGGCCGCCAGCCAGCGCGUGGACCAGAAGCUGCAGGAGAUGGACACUCACAUGGGCUGCCUCAAGAGUUUGUGCCGCCUCUGUGGGAUGUCACUGCGCAAAGCCAAGGGGCCCGAGCACGAUGUCCAAGACAUGCUGGACGAAUCCAGUCGGCUCUCCCUGCGCAAGAUGGGCUGCAAGGCCCAGGGCUGGCCGGAGGUCAUCCUGAAGGUGUUCAAGGUGGACGUGGCGGCGGACAUGGAGACGGUGCACCCGCAGGCAUUCUGCCACCGCUGCUGGACGGCCGCCAUGAGGGGGGGUGGCUUCUGUUCCUUCGGCCCGACCCGGGUGCCCGAAUGGCGGCCGCACACCUCCGGCUGUCUGCUCUGCUUCCCCAAGAAGCCCUCGGCCUUUCAGCGCAAGGGGCGCAAGCGUGCCAAAGCCCUCCGAAGAGCCCCGGCUCUGGCCAAAAGGGUGAAGCGGGAAGCCCAGAGCGCCGCUGCUGGCGUCGGGGGCAAGAGGGUGCUGAGAGCCUUAGUGGACCAGCAGCAGCAGCAGCAGCAGCCACCACAUGGGCCUGUGAGCAGGAGCAGCAGGGUGAAGCCGGGCGCACAGAGAGCCCUGUGGGUGAAGAACAUCACCCUCUGCCAGAGAGACCACCUGAGCUCCAAGCUGCUGCCCGACGACCUGCCCGCCGACUUCCUCCGCGCCGUCACCUGCCAGGUGUGCGACCACCUGCUGAGCGAUCCCGUCCAGUCCCCCUGCCGACACCUCUUCUGCCGUGGCUGCAUCCUCAAGUACAGCCGGGCGCUGGGUGCCCAGUGCCCAGUCUGCGAGCUGCCCUGCCCGGAGCCCACAGAGCUGAAGGGCCCGCCCAAGGCCUUCCUGGUGGUGCUGCAGUCUCUGCCCCUGCUGUGCCCCAGGGAGGGCUGUGGCGAGCUGGUCAGGAUGGACUCCUUCAGGGCCCACUGCCAAGGCCACCUCCAUCAGAGGCAGCCGGACGAAGACGACCUGCUGGGCCCGGAUGUGGACAGGGAUCUGGACGGAUACUUGCCGGUCAACAAGGGCGGGCGCCCACGCCAGCACCUGCUGUCCCUCACCAGGCGUGCGCAGAAGCACCGGCUCAAGGAGCUGAAGAACCAGGUGCGGGCGUUCGCCGACAAGGAGGAAGGAGGGGACACCAAGUCUGUCUGUCUGACACUCUUCCUGCUGGCUCUGAGGGCGGGGAAUGAGCACAAACAGGCAGAUGAGCUGGAGGCCAUGAUGCAAGGCAGGGGGUAUGGUUUGCAUCCUGCUGUGUGCCUUGCCAUCAGGGUCAACACCUUCCUCAGCUGCAGCCAGUACCACAAGAUGUACCGCACCGUCAAGGCCACCAGUGGGCGCCAAAUCUUCCAGCCGCUGCAUACCCUGCGCGCCGCUGAGAAGGAGCUGCUGCCGGGCUUCCACCCCUUCGAGUGGCAGCCAGCUCUGAAGGCCGUGUCUAGUAGCUGGGACGUGGGCAUCCUGGACGGGCUCUCGGGCUGGAUGAGCUCGGUGGAGGACGUGCCUGCGGACACCAUCGCCCGGCGCUUCCGCUACGACGUGGCCCUGGUGUCGGCGCUCAAGGACCUGGAGGAGGACCUGAUGGAGGGCCUGAGGGAGCAGGGCCUGGACGACAGCUCAGUGACGGGCUUCAACGUCACCAUCAAGGAGUCAUGCGACGGCAUGGGCGACGUGAGUGAGAAGCAUGGCGGAGGGCCGCCGCUGCCCGAGAAGGCCGUGCGCUUCUCCUUCACCAUCAUGUCGGUGUCGGCGCAGGUGGAGCCCGAGGACGAUGAGCCAGCCAGCUCCCCGGUGGUCAUUUUCCACGAGAUGAAGCCCAACUCGGAGCUCUCCUGCAAGCCGCUGUGCCUGAUGUUCGUGGACGAGUCGGACCACGAGACGCUCACGGCCAUCCUGGGCCCCGUGGUGGCUGAGCGGAACGCCAUGAAGGAGAGCCGCCUCAUCCUGUCGCUGGGCGGCCUGCCGCGCUCUUUCCGUUUCCACUUUCGGGGGACGGGCUAUGACGAAAAGAUGGUGCGUGAGAUGGAGGGGCUGGAGGCGUCCGGCUCCACCUACAUCUGCACGCUGUGCGACUCCACGCGCGCCGAGGCCUCGCACAACAUGGUGCUGCACACCAUCACGCGCAGCCACCAGGAGAACCUCGAGCGCUACGAGCUGUGGCGCACCAACCCCUUCGCCGAGUCGGCCGAUGAGCUGCGCGACCGCGUCAAGGGCGUCUCGGCCAAGGCCUUCAUGGAGACGCAGCCCACGCUGGACGCGCUGCACUGUGACAUCGGCAACGCCACCGAGUUCUACAAGAUCUUCCAGGACGAGAUCGGCGAGAUGCACGCCCGCCACGGCAACUCCCCGCCGCCUGGCCGCGAGGAACGUCGGCGGUGGCGCGCGGCGCUCGACAAGCAGCUGCGCAAGAAGCUCAAGCUCAAGCCGGUGAUGCGCAUGAACGGCAACUACGCGCGGCGCCUGAUGACGGCUGAAGCGGUGGAGGUGGUGUGCCAACUGGUGCCCUCGGAGGAUCGGCGGCAGCUGCUGCACGAGCUCGUGGGGCUCUAUCUGCAGAUGAAGCCCGUGUGGCGCUCCACCUGGCCAGCCCGUGAGUGCCCAGACCAGCUGUGCCGCUACAGCUUCAACUCACAGCGCUUCGCCGAGCUGCUCUCCACCGCCUUCAAGUACCGCUACGACGGCAAGAUCACCAACUACCUGCACAAGACACUGGCGCACGUGCCCGAGAUCGUGGAGCGCGACGGCUCCAUUGGCGCCUGGGCCAGCGAGGGCAACGAGUCCGGGAACAAGCUCUUCCGACGCUUCCGCAAAAUGAACGCCCGGCAGUCCAAGACCUUCGAGCUGGAAGACGUACUCAAGCACCACUGGCUGUACACAUCCAAGUACCUGCAGAAGUUUAUGGAGGCCCAUAAGAACUCAGCCAAGGCCCUGCAGGCCACUAUAAACCCAGAGGAGAUUGUGGACGACAGUGAUAUGUUACUGGAGGUUCCAGACUUCUAA